ACCUGUGCGUUUGUAUCACCGAAAACUUAUUUUUCUUGAUAUCAGACAAACUUUCUGGUUAGUGACUCAGCGGUUGGCCCUCAGAAAAGGUUUAAGUACCUCUUCCCAGUGCUUUCUUCUUCCUCCUCUUUUUCCCUUCUUCAACCUCUUCGUCUUUUUUUUUUCUCUCUUCUUCUUCUUCUCUCGACUCGCUCAACUUCUCUGUAUUCGAGAUGUCUGCCCAGUCCUCCCCCGAAAAGCAGCCUCUGGUCCAGCAUAGUGUGCUGGACCAGAAGCUGUAUGGCAGGAAUGACGAACGACCUCCGCAUCUGUAUCGGACGACCACACCCCCCGUGGUCCAUGAAGAUGCCAUCACCAUCGGCAUGGCGUCCCCGGAUAUUCCCGCGCUCCUCGAACACGAGGACGACUGGUUUCUGGCGGAUUUCUACGCCUUCAAUCUACUGUACCGUGGGCUUGGCUCCCGGCAACUUUGGUUGACCGCUGCGGAUCCCAACGAGCUCGUUCGACUGUGCAGGCACCUUGUGGGCAAGGCCAAGGACGAUUCCCCCGAAGAAACAACCGGCCACCUGUUGCACGGCAACCCAUACCGGGACAGGAAGGUCGUUCUCAGCGAGUCUCUCAUCAAGUCGGGAGAAAUCACGAUGCCUGAGGUUGUGGAGCCUGCCGCAAUGCCGGAGCGCUGGCUGCGGGAAGUUAAACUCGCGUCCAAGGAAGCGGCAUCGCGAAACGUUCCCCUGGUUCUGCUGAUUUUUUGCCAUGGUGCCCCGGAUACGACCUUGGAGCUCAACUAUCACUGCCCAGAGCUGGAAGAGAGCGACGCUGGUGCCCGAGCUACCUCUGUGGUGACCGCGGAGCAGCUACUCGAGGUCCUGGAUCCGGACUGCCGCACCACAAUCCUGUCCACGGCUUGCUUUUCCGGCUCUUGGGUGGUGGACAUGUUGGGCCGCAAGGUUUCGGGAUAUGACCCCAAUGGUCAGGCAGUGGUCAACACGACAAUGCUGUCGGCUGCUGACUAUGAAACCCAGUCUCUGGCAUGGCCGGAAUCGAGCUCCCUAGGUCGUUCUUGCGGCUCGAUAUUCGCGAGCACUGUGAUCAACACUCUGACAUCCUCAGCCAAUCCAUACCUCGCAGACACGGAGAAAUCAGACACCCCUGAGUGUCUUCAACCCGCCAAACCCUCGGAGGAACAAAUUGAGACCUACAACAGCUACUGUCGCUCGAUUAUGGACAGUUUAUCCGCAAUCAACAGAUUACCAAAGGAGCAUAACUUCACAUUUUCGUCUCGCAAUGACCAGUGGGAGUUGUCGUGGCCUGACCUUGUUGGCUUGGAGCCACUGCAGGCUACCUUUCGAGAGCGUUGGGAGGCAUUGGAGACCGUCACCUAUAAGGGCCCUGAGAGCAUGCUUGAUCUGGAUCCCAGAGCAAAAUUUCCACCUGGAUUCGACACAGCAGAGUCUAUAUCAUCGAAAUCUCGAACCGGCAGCAGGUCGCAUAAGGCGCUGCUGAACAAGUUCGACCGUCUCGCAGCGGCCGGAGAUACUGUCGAGUUAGCCAAGCUGUUUCUGCAACACUCUUGUGUCGAUAAAAGGAUUGAGGCUCGCACGGAUAGGAAGGUCUACAACCUGAUCUGCCAGACGGCUGGCGUUGAGGCGCCAACUGGCUUCCCAAUGUUCAAGGUCGACGUUCUGCACGCCAUCAAACUUCGAUGGUUUUUGGCCUACGUUGCGGACUGCAUGAUCCUCGCGUAUCGACUGCCGGCCCCCUGCGGCGUACGCUGUCUCACGUGGGAGUACAGACCGUGGCUGUCUAUGGUAUCCGAGAAUGUCUCUGACUGGGAUGUUCGCAAGAGACGUAUCAAUCGUCUUCUAGAGGACAAGGGCGGCCUUCACCCACCCGUCAAGUCAUUGCAAGGCGGCCGCUUCCCGCGCUUCCAAGAUUACCUGGUCGCCGCCCUCAUUGAGGCCAAGCUUUCGGUGGAGCGUGAGGAGUUCAUUGUCGACAGUAUGUUCAAGAGCAUGAAGGUGUUUGAGAAUACGGCCGUCGAGAAGGGCCUCAAAAUCUCGACCAAGGACCCCAAUCUCCGCCAGCCACUUCGCACCUGGUUCGGUGCCAUCAACCGUCGGGCGCGCUCCCUGUCCCCAAAGAAGAAGUCGCUCUCGCCAGACCGUCGUCGACAGCAAGCUCGCUUUCAAAAGCAAUUGAAGGGCCGCAGUCGGGCUUCCACAGCCUCAUCCCUAGGCGCUGUCCCAGAAGUGGCUGCUCCCACUGGCGCUGAAACGCCUCCGCGCGCUGAUCAGGAUACGGAGAUGGAGGAUACGUUUGCUGAUAAAUUGAGUAUUGAGCCUGGGUCUGGUCGUGAUAUUGAAUAGAGCCAGCCAGAGAGAAGCCUUGAUUUGGCCAUGUGAGCUGGAGUGGUAGGCUCAAUAAGCUCGGACAACUAUGCAAGACCGAGAUACAUAUGUAAUGAACACAAUGCCCGGCUCUA